AUGGCCACCCUCCUCCGGCGGCCAGGCAAUAUUGCCCGAUUCUCGAGGAGAGCCACAGAGUGCCUCGGCCGCGCAGGAACAACCUCUCUGCGAACGCACCCGUCGCGACUUUCCUCUUUAAUUACAUCCUAUCACGCCCGAACAUACGCUACUACUGGCCCGAAGCCUCCGACCAACGACUCCGGGAACUCCCCGCCAAAGGGGAAUGAGCCGGAGAAGGGUCGCAAAGAUGACGAGCCGGAGUCAGUUCUGGGACCGGAGGACCAGACAAAGUUGGAUGCAUUCACCAAACAUCUGAAGACACGCAUGCCAGAAUCGCAGCAUGAGGCGAUUGAUACGUUGCGGAAGCAUCUGAUGAAGAACGGGAUUCCGGACGAAGUUAAGCAGUUUAUUGAGAAGCACGCGAAUGCGUCUUUGAUGGACCACAUUCGGAUGAUGCGCUGGUUGUUCAAGUAUACCAGCGAGCAAGCCAAAGACGAUGUGGAGGAGUAUAAGAAGAACAAAGAAGGAGAGGAUGGGAAGUUGAAUCAGCACACGGAAAAGGAGAAGGAGGGGCGGGAAGAGCCCGCGCAGAAGAACAAGGAGAAUGAGUCAAACGAAAAGGACAAGGAGAACAAAGAUCAGAAGAAGAAGCAGGACCAGGGAUUCACACCUCCCAGAGUGUUUGAGUUCCGAUUCGAUCCCGCCUCCUUCCUCGUUACCGCAUUCGUUACAUACUAUGUCUACCGCAGCUUCUUCCCCGGUGAAAGUGCUAGCCGAGAGAUCACCUGGCAGGAAUUCCGCUCGAACUACCUCGACAAGGGUCUUGUGGAGAGGUUGACUGUGGCGAACGGUCACCGCGUCCGUGUCGACCUGAACCGCGAGGUUAUGAACCAGGCUUAUCCCGAUUCUGCCGGGCAGCCAGUGACCCAUGUGUACUUCAGCAUUGGAUCUGUUGACAGCUUCGAGAGGAAGCUGGAGCAGGCACAAUAUGAAUUGGGUAUCCCGAAUGGCGAGCGUAUCCCGGUUGCCUAUGUGGAUGAAGUCCCCUGGGGUAGCGCCCUUCUGUCCUUCGCACCUACUCUUCUUUUGAUCGGUGGUAUCUACUGGUUCUCGCGGCGCGGCGGCGCUGCUGGUGGCCAAAGUGGAAUCUUUGGAAUCGGCAAGAGUCGUGCUAAGCGCUUCAACCAUGAAACCGAUGUCAAGAUCAAGUUCUCCGAUGUCGCGGGUAUGGACGAGGCUAAGGUCGAGAUCAUGGAAUUCGUUAGCUUCCUUAAGCAGCCCGAGCGGUUCGAGAAGCUUGGUGCGAAGAUCCCCCGUGGUGCUAUUCUCUCUGGACCCCCCGGUACUGGUAAGACCUUGCUUGCUAAGGCUACCGCCGGCGAAUCUGGUGUGCCUUUCUUCAGUGUCAGUGGUUCCGAGUUCGUUGAGAUGUUUGUCGGUGUCGGUCCGUCCCGUGUCCGCGAUCUUUUUGCCAACGCCCGGAAGAACACCCCCUGCAUUAUCUUCAUUGACGAAAUUGAUGCGAUCGGCAAGUCCCGUUCGAAGUCGAACUUCGGCGGUGGCAAUGAUGAGCGUGAAAGUACUCUCAACCAGAUUCUUACGGAGAUGGACGGUUUCAAUACUUCGGAGCAGGUCGUCGUUCUGGCCGGUACCAACCGACCUGAUGUUCUCGAUAAGGCCCUCAUGCGCCCUGGGCGUUUCGACCGACACAUCACUAUCGACCGCCCUACCAUGGAUGGUCGCAAGCAAAUCUUCCGCGUCCACCUGAAGAAGAUCGUUACCGAUGAAAACAUGGACUACUUGGAAGGCCGACUUGCUGCUCUGACCCCAGGCUUCGCGGGUGCUGAUAUUGCCAACUGUGUCAACGAGGCUGCUCUUGUUGCUGCUCGUGAGAACGCCGAUAGGGUCGUUAUGCGCCACUUCGAGCAGGCCAUUGAGCGUGUGAUUGGUGGCCUGGAGAAGAAGUCACUUGUUCUCUCGCCCGAGGAGAAGCGCACCGUCGCCUACCACGAGGCUGGCCACGCCAUCUGUGGCUGGUACUUCCGGUGGGCUGACCCGCUGCUCAAGGUGUCUAUCAUUCCCCGUGGACAGGGUGCCCUAGGUUAUGCUCAGUACCUCCCUGCUGGUGGUGAUACAUACCUGAUGAACGUCAACCAGCUCAUGGACCGCAUGGCUAUGACCCUGGGUGGCCGUGUCAGCGAGGAGCUACACUUUGACACGGUGACCAGCGGUGCUAGCGAUGACUUCAACAAAGUUACUCGCAUGGCCACCGCCAUGGUCACUAAGUUCGGCAUGUCCAAGAAGCUUGGCUUCAUCCAUUAUGAGGACGACUCUGGGCAGCAGUUCCAAAAGCCCUUCUCCGAGGAUACCGCACGUAACAUCGACCUUGAGGUGCGUCGCAUCAUCGAGGAGGCCUACAAGCAGUGCCACGACCUUCUCACCGCACGGAAGAAGGAGGUCGGUAUCGUCGCUGAGGAGCUCUUGUCCAAAGAGGUCCUCGGCCGCGAUGACCUGGUUCGCCUCCUUGGCCCCCGCGAGUGGCCGGACAAUGCCGAGUUUGCCAAGUACUUCGACGGCAAGGGUGGAGAGACCAUUGCUCCUCCCGAGCCGACGACGAACCCAGAGGAGACGUCCGGCAAGGAAGGCCGCGACGAGACCCCGCUCCCUCCUUCAUAG